UUGCUCUCCACUUUACUCUCUCGUUUGCAUCGUGGCGCCGGGGUGGGAGUUGACCGCUAAGCGUUAGGAGCCUCAGAAGCACUUGACUUGGCUUUGAUUACUACAUACACGAGACCGUAUAUCCGAGAGAGAAGAGAGAGAGAGAGUGCAAGGGGGCAGGACUUCUUUUCUCUUCUGCUUUUAAGUGGAAACUGUUUUUCGUUCUCAAAGUUCAGCUCAGUUCUCGCAAGCGGCGUUUCCUCUCCAAGCUGCAAGAGUUUAUUUUGUGCGCCAAUGUCUUUGUUCUUUCGCCUUUUUAUACUUUUUAGGGGGAGCCUGAGUAUCAAAAGGCAAUGCUCCUCCUAAUUAGACCCACUACUCGUAUUAAUUUAACUUCCAUCGCAUUGCACUUUUUGUUCAUGCUAUUUUGAGCUGGGAUAUAAAAUAUAGUUUACUUUGACUGUUUUGGAUGAAGAUGACCUACGUGUAUCGUUCGUUAUCUGAAAGCAAGAUGCUGGUUAAGUUUAUCUUACUGUGCGUGCUGGAGUUCUAUGCCGGUGAUGCAGUUUCCGACGCCGGUCUUGUCACUUUCAAGGAAUCUGUUCCACCUGUGAGCGAUUCGCUUCUCGCACCUGCCCUCCGUAAAAACGGAAUAGUGCAAAACAUCGAUCGGAUCUACCACGGGGGUGGAAAAGUUGGCUAUCUGCUCUAUGUGGACGGCAGGAAAUUUCAAUUGGAUAUGGAAAGGGAUGAAGCGCUGUUAUCCCGACACUUCAGUUCCAAGUAUGUGGAUGCGAUACAUACGACUGGCGACCGUGUAAAACCACUACACAAGGAGUGCGUUUACCGUGGCACGGUGGAUUCCAAUCCAGAAUCUCUUGCGCUUUUCAGUCUGUGCCGUGGCCAGCUGGAAGGAUUUUUUGCGGUGAAGCACGCCCGCUACACUAUCAGACCGCUCACCAGGGUGAAAGGACACGAGAACGAUGCGCAUUCCACGGAGGACGCAGCCUCAGACCCGGUACUUCACUAUUAUACGCGAGAGGGUUUCAGUUUUGAGGCAAUGCCAGUGCGUGAGAGCUGUGGCACGCGAGAAGGGCGAGGGCGCAGGCAUGCCAACGGGAAGCGCCGUCGCGGGGAACUGGGAAGGAGAACUCGCAGUCGCAGUUUUGCGCUGGAUGGAAACGGGCGCAAAGCGCAUGACGCAAAGUGGUGGCUGUCAAGGUCCGAUUCUCACAUAUCAGGUAAGAGGCGCAAGAGGUCGGUUUCUCGCGCCAGGCACGUGGAACUGCUUCUAGUUGCUGACGAGACCAUGUCCAAGAAGUAUGGCAAGGAUCUGAAUCACUACCUGUUGACGCUGGCUUCUAUCGCCUCCAAACUCUAUGGCCACGCCAGCAUUGAGAACCCCAUCCGUCUGUCAGUGGUGAAAGUGGUGUUGGUGACAGAUAAGGAGAAGGGACUGGAGAUUUCCAAAAAUGCAGCAUCCACACUCAAGAGUUUCUGCAAAUGGCAGAAUCAGCAGAAUCCACUGGAUGAUGACCACCAAGAGCACCACGAUGCUGCCAUCCUCUUCACCAGGCAGGACCUGUGUGGGCACCACUCCUGUGACACGCUGGGCAUGGCGGACGUGGGCACCAUCUGCUCUCCGGAGAGGAGCUGCGCCGUGAUCGAGGACGACGGGCUGCACGCCGCAUUCACCGUGGCGCACGAGAUCGGGCACCUCCUGGGUCUGUCUCAUGACGACUCAAAGUUCUGCGAGGAGCGCUUUGGCUCCAGCGAGGACAAGCGCCUCAUGUCCUCCAUCCUGACCUCCAUCGACGCCUCCAAGCCCUGGAGCCGCUGCACCUCCUCCACCAUCACCGACUUCUUCGACGACGGCAACGCGGAAUGCCUGCUGGACUCCCCCCGCCAGUCCAUCCUGGGUCCCGAGGAGCUGCCGGGCCAGAGCUACGACGCCAUCCGCCAGUGCCGGCUGGCGUUCGGGGCGGAGUACACGGUGUGCCCGGGCAUGGACGUGUGCGCCCGUCUGUGGUGCGCGGUGAUCCGGCAGGGCCAGAUGGUCUGCCUCACCAAGAAGCUGCCGGCCGUGGAGGGCACGCCCUGCGGCAAGGGCCGCAUCUGCCUGCACGGCAAGUGCGUGGACAAGACCCGCAAGAAGCAGUACACGACCUCGAACCAUGGCAGUUGGAGUUCGUGGGGGUCCUGGGGCUCGUGCUCUCGUUCAUGCGGUGGGGGGGUGCAAUUCGCUCACCGUCUGUGCAACAACCCUCCCCCCCGGAAUAACGGGAGGUACUGCACAGGCAAGAGAGCCAUCUACAGGUCCUGCAACGUCAGCCCCUGCCCAGAGCCCAGCAAGAGCUUCCGUCUCCAGCAGUGCGAGGCGCGGAACGGGCCCCAAACUGACCCCAAGGGGGUGAAGACGUUCGUGGAAUGGGUCCCCAAAUUCGCCGGGGUCCUGCCCGGGGAUGUGUGCAAACUGACAUGUCGAGCCAAGGGAACAGGAUACUAUGUAGUGUUCUCCCAGAGGGUGACAGACGGGACAGAGUGCAGGCCGUACAGCAGUUCGGUGUGUGUGAAGGGGAAGUGUGUGCGCACCGGAUGCGAUGGGAUCAUCGGCUCCAAACUGCAGUUCGACAAGUGUGGCAUCUGUGGAGGGGAUAGCACUUCCUGUGUGAAGGUGAUGGGAAAUUUCACCAAGAAGAGUAAGGGCUACACGGACGUGGUGAAGAUUCCGGAAGGUUCCACGCACAUCAAGAUCCGUCAGCACAAGCCCAAGGACCAGCUGCGCUUCACGGCCUACCUGGCGCUGCGGCGGGCCGCCGGGGACUACCUGCUCAACGGGAAGUUCAUGAUCUCCACGUCGGAGACGGUCAUCCCCCUCAGCGGCAUGGUGCUCAACUACAGCGGCUGGAGCCAGAGGGACGACUUCCUGCACAGCAUGGGGCCCGGGGCCCUGCGCGAGCAGCUGACCGUGCAGAUCCUGGCCACCGACGCCAAGCGCCCGCUCGACGUGCGCUACAGCUUCUUCGCGCCGCGCCAGGCGGCCCCGCCCUCGCCGCCGCCGCCGCCCCCGGCGACGGGCGCUCAGUGGGCCACGGGCUCGUGGCUGGCCUGCUCGCGGACCUGCGACGCGGGCUGGCAGACGCGCACCGUGCAGUGCAAGGACCAGCGGGGGGCGCUGGCCAAGGGCUGCCUGCUGGCGGACCGACCGUCCGCCUUCAAACACUGCGUCGUCAGGAAGUGCUGACACGGGCCGGGUUCCGCGCGAACUCCCACCAACACGCGUCGCGGCCCGAGGCGGACGCUCGCACGCAGACGCGCAGAGCACCUCCCCUCUGUCAUCCUUUCAUUUUCCGUCUUCCCUCCGUUUUUGGCCGUCAUUACCGCUUGUUAACAUGAUUACCGUUUAUAGUAUUGUCCUUUUUGGUAUUAUUUGAGUUUUUGCCAUUUAAGGCUUGCGUGUCUGAACUCCUGAACAAGGGCUUUGGAAAUGGGGACCCCCCCCACCCCCAGCUCAGUAAGCACUUUUGAGCGGUUCCUGCCCUAGCCCAGCUUGGCGCAGUCCAGUCUGAGCCCCCCAGGUGGCGCUAUGCAGGAUCACUGGGGCCUGAGCUGGGGUUGCUCCUGUUGGGCCCCCAACGAUACUUCUGCAGAGUGGAACUGAUGGACUUUGCGACUGUCAGCAGUGGAAACAAAGAAAGGACUGCACUGGGUGCUCAAGGGAGAGAGGGGGCUACAGAAGAAGGGAGAGAUAGAGGAAGACAGUACUGCAGACUGAGUACUGAGAGACAGAGGGAGAGAGGGCCACAGUCAGAGAAAGUGUACGGACUGUGUGUUUGCAGCAUCCAUGUAAAGUGGGCUAUACAUGGGGGGGGGGCUUGCUCAUUAUUCUCAUCAUGGAAAUGUAGCACACAGGAGCACUGCAAUUCUCUCAUUUAGGUUUUUUUUUUGGUCAUCUUUGUGUUGUUUGUCUGUAUGUCUGUCUGUGUGUAUGUCUGUCUGAAGUGUUGUAAUAUGACAAUGUGUGCCCUGAAUACUCGCAAAUACAGCAAGAGGGAAUGUGGGACUGGAGCAACUUGACACAGUCAAGUAUUUUCUGAACUUUCAAAUCUCACUAUCUCAUACUCUCACUCAAAAUCCUAACUCACACACACUAUCUCCAACUCACUUUCGCUUACCGAUUCACUCCUUCACGCUGUCACUAACUCACUUUCACUUACUGAGUACCUCACUCUGUCAUCCAAUCACUUCCACUGACCAAUUAAUUCCUAUACACUGACACGAACUCACUCUGACCAAACGAUUCACUCUCCCGCUGCCACUCAUUUGCAACUGAUUCUUUUGCAAAGAUUCAAUCUUUGCUAUCGCUCUCAGUUAUGCCCACCAUCCAGAAUUAUAUCAUGCAGUGUCACCCAACGGGGGAGUGAUUCUGUGUACUCAUUUCCUCCACCUACUCGUGCGGAAGUCAACUCAGCGGUGGGUACACUAGGCAAUCCAAAAAUUGACAGAGGACAGCGCAGCAAUGGGACUGGCCUGCAGUAAUGAUUCGGCAUUCUAAGUUGAGAGGGGUGUAAUUGUUAAAAGUUAAAGAUGCACCCCCCCACAUUGAUCACUCUAGCUCACACACUCAUUCGCUCACCAGUCUCACAAAUGACCCAUCUCGCUCACUGAUGUUUUCUGUCAUCUUUAUUCUCAUCUAUACAACAGCUGCUCACACUGUGGUGCAAAAACUCACAAUAUGCACUGUAGUACAAACACUCCUGCACACGUUCCUCAGAGUGACAAACUCACACCUCCACACACACACACACACACACAGACAUCCAUCUUAACACACACACACACACACACAC